GUAACCGCAAGCCAGUGAACGGUCGCCACCGGUACGUAAUACACGUUCGUGAUGCCGUCAAUUCUACAGCUUCGUAAACACCAACCCGAUCGUCUUCAGCGAGAGGGGCCGAAGAUUAAUAAAUUGAAACCAAAAAUGGCAAUGGUAAGAGGACAUGAAAGGCGAACACUAGCGAUCCUGCUUCUCACCAUAACCGCGGUGGUAGCAGCUGCAUCGUACGAUCGUGAAAGACUCGAAAUAGCCAAGCAAAUUCUCGAAGAAGUGCCUCUAACAGAUGGGCACAACGAUCUUCCGUGGAACAUACGAAAAUUUCUUGGGAAUCAGAUCAAUGAAUUUGAACUAGAUACCGAUCUCACCCAGAUUGAACCCUGGUCUAAGUCGAAAUACUCACACACGGAUCUACCACGUCUAAGAGAAGGAAUGGUUGGAGCUCAGUUCUGGUCCGCGUUCGUCCCUUGCGGUACUCAAAAUAAAGAUGCUGUACAACUUACUUUGGAGCAGAUUGAUAUCAUCAAACGCCUGGUUGACAAAUACCCGAAAUAUCUGAAAAUUGCAAAAUCGGUGAAAGAUAUAUUGGAGACACAUAGUGCACGGCCUCGUAAAGUAGCAUCAUUGAUUGGCAUCGAAGGUGGUCACUCUAUUGGGAAUUCACUCGGCGUGCUGCGGACCUAUUAUCAACUCGGAGUCCGUUAUAUGACACUCACGCAUACGUGCAAUACACCAUGGGCUGAUUCGUCAAAUGAGUCUCCAUCGGCAAACGGUCUUACAGAGUUUGGCGAGAAAGUAGUUCGUGAGAUGAAUCGUUUGGGGAUGAUAAUAGAUUUAUCUCACGUGGGAGUGAACACCAGUCGGGCUGCCAUUCGUACUUCUCGAGCUCCAGUCAUCUUUAGUCACUCCUCAGCAUACAGUCUCUGUCCACACAAAAGAAAUGUUCCUGAUGACAUAUUACAGUCUUUGAAAGAAAACGGGGGAGUUAUAAUGGUGAACUUUUUCCCUGACUUUGUAAAAUGCGCACCGAAUGCUACACUAUCGGACGUUGCUGAACAUUUCCAUUACAUCAAGAGAAUGAUUGGUGCUGAUCACGUUGGUAUUGGUGGUGAUUUUGAUGGAGUUAACAGAGUACCACGCGGUCUUGAAGAUGUUUCUAGAUAUCCUCAAUUGUUCGCUGAGUUGCUUCGAAGUGGGCAAUGGACUGUUCAAGAACUUAAGAACGUAGCCGGCUUAAACUUGCUCCGUGUAAUGGGACAAGUUGAAAAGGUCCGUGAUGAAAUGCGCACUAACGGUGUUGAGCCCGAAGAACACGACGAUACACCCAAUGAUGGCGGAGAUUGCGUCAGCAAUGCAUUCUACACCGAUUUAUAUUGAUUAAAUUUAAAAUUUUAGAACUUUAUACAGAUCAGGCAGAUGAAAAUGUUCCGGUUUUUAUUCUAUCUUUAUUACUAUAGUUACUGAAACGAAUGAUUUAGGUGCUUCAAUACACAAUAGAGAUUUACUGUCAAUUGUUGGAAAUUUCGUAAUAAGUCUCUAAAAACCACAACCUAUAGUUAUUCGCCUAUAGUUAUGGUAUUAUUUUUUAUUAAAAUAACUAAAGGCGAAGCAGCCUAUGUAAUAAUAUAUAAGCCAUGUAAUAACACAUGUUUUUUAUUAGCUUCAUCUGUUACACUUCAUACGUUUGUUUGUAACUGACUCAUUUAGGCGCGAUUUUGUCCCACUUUAAACGGCCAAAUUUCGUUGAAACUUCGUAGAUUUAUCGAGGACCGAUAACAAUACAUUAAAUUGAUAAAAUUAUUCCAUUUUUAUAAAUUAAAUAAUUUUUUUCAUCUAUAAGGCAGGAAUCGAUGUUCAUUUUAGUCUUUUUUAAACUAUGUUUUUUAUGUUAAUCCUCAGAUCUUAUUGUGACUGUUGGUGAUAUAGUUACUCUGUAAUCUGUUUUUCUCGUUAACUUUUUAAUUAUCGGAUACGUCUGGCUGAUAUGUACAAAGUAAAACAAAAAACUAUACGACUCGGAACUGAGAUUUAAAAAUAUUGAUUACCUACAUAACGUUGUAUUUAUCUUAUAAGUAAACGUAUUAAGAAUAACUUUUGAGUGAAGGUGGAUAACGCAAAUCCGUCAUAGGCCGAGAACUGGUCUGUGUUUUCUUAUGCACAUUGUACUUUGUUGUAGUUGCACAUAACUAUGUCUGAAAAAUAAAUGUAUUUACUUGUUUUCUUCAUCCUCAUCAUUCGCGUAACUUUGACAAUAUAAUAUACAUCACCAAAAAAUGUCAGGUGAAUGGCAUUUUAGUCAUUGAACCGAUAUGUUGCUGUAAAUGUCUCGAGGCGUUGAAAGUUAAUCAGCUCUAAUUAUUAGUACUAUGUUCAUAAUAUGAUUUAUUUAGUUCAUAAAAUGAUUGCGUAUUUCAACGAAUAAACAUUAUUAUGUUAUACAAUAUAUUUAUUGUAUUAAAUUAAAUCACACUUUGUGAAUGGAGCGAUCACCCCAGGCAUAUGCCUACUAAUAUUAUAAAUGUGAAUGUAAGUUUGCUUUUUACUCUCGAUUUUUUAGAUGUUACAAUCGAUUUUAAUAAAAUUUAGUACAGAGAGAGACUAGAGCUUGAAAAUAUUGACAUAGGCUAUCAUUGCAAAAAAAUAAAUGGAGAGGUUGAAAUAGGGGAUGGCAGUUUGUAUGUAAAUUCGUCAUUAUCAAAGAUGAAACCAUGAAACUUUGUAUUUAGGGACUUAAUAAGAAAUAAUUCAUAAGCAUUUGUUCGAUUAUUUUUGAAACUUUGACCUACAUGGGGAUGAAAUAGGAGAUUAAAGUUCACAGGGAAAUACUAUUAGAGAGACUGUCUACAACGACAAGGUAUAUGCGCUCUAUCUACCUAUGUAUGUGUAUUACUUGAAAAGUAUCCAAAAAAGAUAAAAAAAUAUGUAUUCAACGCGGACAAAGUCUCGGGUAAGAGCUAGUUAAUGAAUAAAUUUAAUUUUAAAUCAAUUAAUAUCAAACACAGAGUACCACUGAGGAUCUUGCAGCAUUUCUUCUCAGCUUUCUUCAGAAUGGGUGUUCAAUAAGUGUCUUAAAAAUCCUAAUUUAUUCAAAAUAUGUGACUAUGCAUUUUGAACUUAAAUAAGGAUUCAUGUUAAAUAAAUUUCAAGAAUUUACAGAGGAAUUGGAGGCUACGUUCUUAUUUAUAAUUCCGAAUCCUAUAUUUACUCACACUAAAAAAUUACCUUAAAUGUAAUUAAUAUGAAUUAAUAUUAGGAGCGAAACACUAAGACUGUUGGCAUUAUUAAGUAUGUAUUAAUAAUAACUAACGAGAUGGACAUCGAGAAACGUCUUUUUUACUAUUCAAUAAUUGAGUUCAAUUCAUUUGCUCAAUAAGAUAAUCAAUAAAUUUUACGGCGUCUAAAUUUUAUGUCAACCCGCUACCAUUGUUUGUGUAACCUAAUUACCUUUCAAACGUACAGUAAAACUUGAUUGGAUUUAUUUCGAUUUGAUUUUUUUUUCAUUGAAUAGUAUAUAAGUUGUCUUCAAUUAUAUUUUAUGAGUGAUGUGUACAGUUUAGGAUCUAGAUUGCCUAGAUUGCCUAAAAGACGUCUUAAAAUGACUGAAAGUUUUGGAUAUUCUAUUUAUCUUUUUAUAUAUUAUUUUUAGAUUUAUUAUAUUGUAAAAUGACGUGUUAAUUGGCAAAUUAUUCUGUUAUCAUAUUUUAUACAAAAAUUAUAGUUAUUUUAUACAUUUAUUUUGCUUUGUAGCGGAAUAAUUCGAAUCUAUAUUUGCAAUUGGGCAUUUAAUUCAAGAGUUUCCGGUAACAUUUAGACGUUGUCGUAAACGUUCCGGAUCAAAUAGCUCUCGCCAAAACUUUCAGAAAUUCCCUGCUUAAUCCGUUCAAUCAUUGAUUGGGCUUUGAAUUGAGAACUUUUUGCAUAAAUAACACGGUGUACGCUUUUUGAAUUGAACUUUGUAAUUGUUACUGUUUGAAAUUUAAUUAUAAAUUUAUUACGAGUGGGUGGCUCCUUUGCACAGGAAGCCGGUUACAUUAUGGGUACCACAACGGUGCCUAUUUCUGCCGUGAAGCAGUAAUCUGUAAACAUGUUUCGGUCUGAAGAGUGCCGUAGCUAGUGAAAUUAUUGGGCAAAUGAGACUUACCAUCUUACGUCUCAAGGCGCAGUUGUAGUGCCACUCAGAAUUUUUGGGUUUUUCAAGAAUCCUGAGCGGCUCUACAUUGUUAUGGGUAGGGCUUAGCAAUUACCAUCAGCUGAACAUCCUGCUCGUCUUGUCCCUUACUUUCAUAAAAAAAAAUACUGGCAUUAAAAUUUAGCUUUAUCAUUUAAUUUUAUCUAUGAAUUUUCAGUACUGAUUAAACAAAGUUUUAACAGUUUGUCCUGAGAACAAUUUAUUCGUCCUUUAUCUCAAAAAAAAAAUUAAGUAAAAUUUAAUUAAUUUCAUAAUUAUAAAUAAUAAACAGCAUUAAGAUCACUGCCCUUUCAUGUAACCUUAAAAGGACUCUUUGAAUGCCUAAAAUGGCCCAAACUAGUAAAAAGUAUUCAAAUUAAAUAAAUACCUGAUGUUUACAACAAUUUUGAUUUAUUGAACUUUCACUUCCCAUAAUUUUCCUGUAAUAAAAUGAGCUUGAUAUGAAUUAUGAACGAAUUUUCGUUCGUGUCAAAUGUUGUAACUCGUGUAUUACCUAUAUUUACUUUGACUUUCUAUAUUUCGCGUCUUGCGAUAUUUUUCUAACUGUAUUUUAGUAUAUAUGUACUGUUAAUAAAUAAAAUACUAUAAAUGUAUACUACAA